CUCAAGUAGAAGAAGAAGAAGGGGAACGAGAAGAAGGAAAAAGAAGUAGAAGAAGAAGAGGAAGAAUUGUUUCUGGUGGCAGUCAACAUGGCGUUCAGUUUUGGCGGCGCCACGGGUAACACAGCGGCAAACACCCCCGGGUUUUCAUUCGGCUCGUUUGGUGCCAAGACCACAGCAUCUACAGCUUUCGGCUUUGGCCCCGCACCCACCACCACCACCACCGCCUCAUCCGGAUUCGGCACUCUUACAGCCCCUGGUUUUGGGGCAGCCACCACCACUGCUGCUGCACCAGCCACAGGAUUUGGUUUUGGCUCCGCCAACACUGGUGCAUUUGGUGGCUUUGGGACAACUACAACAACUGCUGCUGCACCAGGGUCCACUUUUAGCUUUGCUGCUCCCUCCAACACCACAGGAGGCCUGUUUGGUAACACGCAGAACAAAGGGUUUGGGUUCUCCUCUGGGCUCGGCACUGGGACCGCUACUGGGACAACAGGAUUUGGGACUGGAUUAGGAACAACUGGCCUGGGUGGGUUUGGAGGCUUUAACAUCCAGUCAACUCAGCAGCAGCAAGGAGGCUUGUUCGGCCAGCAGGCCCAGCAGCAGGGGCAGACUCAGCCCAGCCAGCUUUACCAACAGGUCACUGCUCUGUCAGCGCCCACCUUGUUGGGAGAUGAGCGGGACUCCAUUUUAGCCAAAUGGAACCAGCUGCAGGCUUACUGGGGCACUGGGAAGGGCUACUACGGCAACAACAACCCACCGGUGGAUUUCACCCAGGAAAACCCAUUCUGCAGGUUCAAGGCAGUGGGCUACAGCUGUGUCCCAGUGAGUAAGGAUGAGGAUGGUUUAGUGGUCUUGGUUCUCAAUAAAAAGGAAGCUGAUGUGCGAGCGCAGCAGCAGCAGCUGGUGGAGUCCCUCCAUAAGGUCCUGGGAAGCAACCAAACACUCAUUGUCAAUGUAGAUGGUGUCAAAGCCCUGCCAAAUGACCAGACAGAGGUGAUCAUUUACGUAGUGGAGCGUUCCCCUAAUGGCACCUCCAAGCGGAUUCCGGCCACCACACUCUUCAGUUAUCUGGAGCAGGCCAACAUCAAGGUCCAGCUCACUCAGAUUGGAGUGGCCAUGUCUGUCACACGCACAGAGCUGACUCCAGCACAGCUCAAACAGCUGUUACAAAAUGCUCCCGCAGGAGUGGACCCUAUCAUUUGGGAGCAGGCCAAGGUAGACAACCCUGACCCAGAGAAGUUAAUCCCAGUACCUAUGGUGGGUUUUAAGGAGCUCCUUCGCAGGCUACAGAUCCAGGAGCAGAUGACCAAACAGCAUCAGACCAGAGUGGAUAUUAUCUCCAGUGACAUCAGUGAACUGCAGAAGAACCAGGCGACCACAGUGGCCAAGAUUGCCCAGUACAAGAGGAAACUGAUGGAUCUCUCCCACAGAGUGCUGCAGGUGCUGAUUAAACAGGAGAUUCAGAGGAAAAGUGGUUAUGCUAUCCAAGUGGAUGAGGAGCAUCUUAGGGUGCAGCUGGACACCAUUCAGUCUGAACUCAAUGCCCCCACACAGUUCAAGGGUCGGCUGAAUGAAUUGAUGUCCCAGAUCCGAAUGCAGAACCACGUUGGAACUAUGAGAUCAGAAGAGCGCUACGGGGUUGAGGCAGACCUCCUCAGAGAGAUUAAACAACAUUUGAAGCAGCAGCAGGAGGGUUUAAGUCAUUUGAUCAGCGUCAUCAAAGAUGACUUGGAAGACAUCAAACUUGUAGAGCACGGCCUGAGCGACAGCGGACACAUGAGAGGAGGCAUCCUGAGCUGAGUCUACCCUACCGAUACACACAUACAUGCUCUGACUCUCUUGUUUUCACUAUCAGUCUCCUGAGAAGGGGCAUGCCUGUCACAAAGAAGUCAGCAUGUCCUGCUUUGUCGUGGUAUUGGAUUCAUCUUGAAACAAUAUUUUGCCCGUAGGUUUGAUCACAGGAGAUCAUCUGAAGAUAUUCGUUAGAAAGAUCAAUUUGGUGUAAUUACCCUUUUUAUCAGCAGUUUGGCAGGUUUAUUGGGACUUUGCCCCACUAUCUGUACCAGGAAAACAAUUGACUGCUUAAUCUUUUUGGACAGAUAUAGACAGCUUAACAUAAAGACUCAACCUUGUCUAAUAAUAGCUGGCUUCCCUUAUGUCACAUCAGAUUAUGGAUAUUCAUCUAUGUAUGUGACUGACAUGUAAACAAGUCAUGGGAUUGAGUGUGUCGUGAUUUAAUACAUUGUAAAUACAUCUUUGUAUUUCUUUUUUAUGCUGUUAGAAUAUUAUUAAAAUUUAAUUUACAUUGAAAACAA